AAAUGUGGAAAGACUCCUGUCGACAAUGGGAUAACGUGGAAGUGAACGAGAGCGUGGCCUCGACGGCUAGCAGUUAUGCUAACAGCUAACAACAAUGAGCCAUAUUUGGCGCACUCGCAGGCGAAAAGUUUGAAUUUAAAGGGGAAGAGGAUGUCCACCUUAACUUUGCGAUUCUUAAUAAAGAGUAAAGCGCGCACACGAAGCGCGUCCAAAUCGUAGCCGUUGUUCAGGUUAUUUAAUAUCGCGGUAGCUUUUUGUCUUUGAUUUCAGAAAGUGCAGCUGCCCGCUUUUUGUUUAGGGCAGCCGCUGCAUAUAGACCUGCCGCUUAACGACGUCUCGCUGCAGAUACAUCCACUGUCUCUAAACGUGGGGAUUUAGCCGCUUCUUUUGUUUAUGUGCACAUUUGUGUCGAAAAUUAACGCUCUUUUUUAAUUACUGUAAUCGCGCUCCAGUAGGAUCCCGCUGACUACUUUUUAAGUUACGAUCCUUGUUGAGACACGUGUUUUCUUUCAUUGGCACGCGCUCACCAACAGAUUCAGGAUGUUUGGCUUUCAUAAGUCAAAGAUCUACCGCAGUAAUGAAGGCUGUUGCAUUUGUAAAACCAAGUCCUCCAGCUCACGCUUCACGGACAGCAGCAGAUAUGAGGAGACCUUCAAGAUGUGCUUUGGGCUGUCUGAAGAUCGUGUUGGAGACAUUUGCAAUGCAUGUGUGCUGCUGGUGAAGAGAUGGAAGAAGCUGCCUCAUGGCUCCAAGAAGAACUGGAAUCAUGUGGUGGAUGCCAGAGCUGGUCCGGGUUUUAAGGUGACAAAGCCCAAGAAGAUAAAAAACAGUGAUGGAAAGAAAAAGAGCAAGCUGAAGAAGCUUCAUAAGUUUAAGAGACAAACAGACUCUGAUGCUCACAGCACGACCUCCAGCAUGUCUCCUGCCCAGUCUCCCAGUCACAGCAACCAGUCAGAUGAUGGUUCAGACAUCGAAUCCAAACAAAGACGUUCAUCUCCUUCAAUCUUUUCCUUCCUGGAUCGUUCUUACUGGAAGAGACAAAAGGUGUGCUGUGGAAUUAUCUACAAAGGUCGGUUUGGAGAAGUGAUUAUUGAUCCCCGACUUUUCAAGCCUUGCUGCAGCUCAAAAAAACCGAAGACACCAUCACAGGUGCCCACACUCCAGCCGCAGCUCCCAGAGGAUUUGAAAGAAACUUGGUGAAUUGUUUAGUCAGACCUCCCUCUCAUUUAUGGGGCUAUCCAUGGCAUCCCCCUGGAUUUGUCUCCAGUGGCAGACCUCAUUUUCAUUCCCCCUUAGAUCAGUUAAUGUCCUCCUUUGCUAUAUUCAUUUUGUAUGUUUUU